AUGUCCAAGUCAACGAUUGCAGUCUUUGGUGCCUCGGGCAACCAAGGCAACUCAGUCGUCCGCACCAUCCUGAGCACCCCCUCGCUCUCCGCAAUGUACAACGUCCGCGCCCUUUCUCGCUCCACCGCUUCCUCCGCCAUGCAGGAUCUAAGAUCCUUAGGCGCAGAGCUCGUUCAAGCUGACAUGGACGACCCCUCCACCCUCCCUACCGCCCUUUCCGGCUGCACCUUCGUCUUCCUCAUAACAACAACUCAAUACACCGGCUCCACCCGCGAAGUCGAAACACGCCAAGCCAAAGCAGUGUGCGAAGAAGCUAUCAAGCAAGGUGUUAAAUACAUAAUCUUCAGCUCCAUGUCGCACCCAUUCAAGAUCAGUGGGGGCAAGUUGAGGAAUGUAGAGCACUUUGACGACAAAGCCGAGAUUGAGGCGUACAUCCGUAACCUACCUGUUAAGAGUGCUUUCUUCGCUCCGGCAUCUUUCAUGCAGAAUCUGCUAGACAGAAUGAAACCACGUCCUUCUCCCGCCGGCGACGGUACUUUUGUUCUAGCAGACAUCUUACCUGGUAACACGUCCGUGCCGUACAUUGACAUCACCGAGACUGGAAAGUGGAUUGCUCCCAUUCUUGCUGAGCCAGAGAAAUACGCGGGCAAGUUCUUUGCUGCGGCUGAGGGCCUUUACACGCCGGAUGAGAUUGCGAGUGUUAUGAGUAAGGUGACAGGCAAGACAGUGAAGCAUGUUCAGCUUCCUGAUGAGGUUGUCAAGAGCUUUUUCCCAGAAGGGUUCAGAGAGCAGUUGUAUGAGAUGUGGGUGUUUAACAGGGAAUAUGGGUAUUAUGGCGAGGGACAGAAAGAGGCUGUACAGUGGGCCAAGGAGCAGGCAGUGGGAGAGCUUACGGAGUUGGAAGCGUUCUUGAGGAAGGUUGAGUUCAAGUUGGAGUGA